AUGGGCUCAAUCAAUACCACCAUGGACUGGACACCCGCCGAGUCUCACCCAGGCGAUCAUGCUCACUUAAAAUCGGGCGACUUGAUUGAAGUUGGUGAUAAGGAGGAAGAACAAGACCGCAGUCCACAAAGAAACGAGCAGCACAACGCAAAGAAAGGCCGGGAUGACAAAAAAGAAGACAGAAAACGCCGUCACAACAUCGCCAAUGUCCAUGCUCUGCAACACAGGAAAGGCCCGUCUGUCUCUACAUCAAAGCCUACAGCCAAAAGAGGCCGCGAAGAUAAUGAAGAUGACGAGACCUCAGAUGGACAGCAGGACAACACAGUAAACCAAAGAGCUUCCAAGAAGAAUUGUGGCAAAGCCGUCAAGGAUCGUAGAGUCUUGAGCCUUGCCUUCUUCGAGCUUGUUGAAAGAGGCGGAGGAGAAAUUCGAUACGACAUUAAGGAGGACCCGUGGGGAUUAUCCAAAAAUGGCACUGUCGCUAAAAUUUCUUUGGAAAUGAGCACAAAGCGAUUUGAAGACGAAAUGUCUAUGCUCGAUGCGGCAAUGGGUGGAACUUCGUUCAAUCAAUAG